UAGAAUCCAUAUAUAACGUGUUUGAUUCCGUUGGAGAAGGAGGUAGCGUAACCCCGUUCACACACAGAAACAGAAACACGCCCACAAUGAAUCAAUGAAAGGCUACGUAUGAAAACGUCGACCAUGCAUUGAAUGCCACCGGCUGCCACGUAGUCCGUACCACCCACUAACCUACAAUUGCCGGUGGCCUCUUUGGUGUCACUGUUUUUGGCUUUAACCAUGGAACAUAUGUAUGUAUGUAUUCAUAUUCAUUCAUUACUACUUGCUUGUUUCGCUUCCAACUCAUUUCCACAAUCACCUCUCACUUUCUUCCAACCCACAAAGCCGCGCUAUCUAUCUAUAUCUAUCUAUCUUUCUUUCUUUCUUUCUUUCUCUCUUCUUUCAUCCACCUAACCAGAUCGAUCGACCCCAUCAUAUAUUUAUCGUAUCUAUCUCACUGCUCUUGUAGCUGUUUGAAUGAAGGAUUUCAGAUUGGGCAUUUGAGAGAUAAGUAUAUAUAUGGAUAAUAAUAAGGAGAUGAUGAUGAUGAUGAUGAUGAUGGGUGUGAAGAAGGAGGAGGAUUAUUCCAUAGGGUCAUCGUCCUUCCAUUGCAAUUAUCCAUUCCUUGAUUUCUCUGAUGACAAGGGCUCUUUAGGGUUUAUGGAGUUGCUGGGUGUGCAAGAAUACAGUCCUCUGCUUGAUUUGCCUUUAGGGUCCAACAUGGAAGUGCGUCAAACCUCUGAUCAUAAGGAACCACCUCAGACUAAGAAAGAUUGGCCCGAGGUAACCAACCAGCAACCUGCGACUCCGAACUCGUCAUCCAUUUCCUCCGCGUCCAGUGAGGCUCUCAACGAUGAACAAAAGAAUAGAACUGUAGACCAAACACAUGAUGAGCACAAAAAGACAAAGGAACAGUUGAAGGCUAAGAAGACAAAUCAGAAGAGACAGAGAGAACCGAGAUUCGCGUUCAUGACGAAAAGCGAGGUGGAUCAUCUGGAAGAUGGGUACAGAUGGAGAAAGUACGGUCAAAAAGCUGUGAAAAACAGCCCCUUUCCCAGGAGCUACUAUCGUUGCACCAGUGUUUCGUGUAAUGUGAAGAAACGCGUAGAGCGAUCUUUUAGCGACCCAAGCAUUGUGGUGACAACCUACGAAGGUCAACACAUUCAUCCAAGCCCGGUUAUGGGUCGCUCCAACAACUUUGGUUCGCUAAUGUCUGGAUCUGAGAACUACAUGUCCCAAUAUUAUCAGCAGCACCAUCAACAACAGCUCCAUGUCGAUGCAUUGUCUUCUCUGGGUUUCCUCUCUCCAAAGAAUGUCACAUUUCCUCAACAGACAGCGUUGUUGAGUGACUAUGGCCGUCUUCAAGAUGUUGUUCCUUCACAACAAAUGUUCAAACAAGACUAGAUGACAAUUCCAUUGCUGUUACUAUGUGAUUUCUUAUUAUUACUUUUUGUAGGAGAG